CUGGGCAAGAAUUGGAUGGACUAUCAAGGAAUCAAGAACUGGGAAGGUUUGCUUGAUCCACUCGACGAUAAUUUACGUGGAGAAAUAAUCAGAUAUGGGAAUUUUGUUGAAGCUUCUUAUAGAGCUUGUAAUUUUGAUCCUUCUUCGCCUUCAUACGCAAUGUGCAGAUAUUCAAAGAAAAAGCUGUUCCAGCUUUGUGGCUUUCCUGGUACUGGUUAUCGCGUUUCCAAGUACUUGAAAGCCACUAGCGGGAUUCAGCUCCCAAGUUGGGUUGAUAAAGCGCCUAAGUGGAUGGCGAAGCAAUCGAGUUGGAUUGGUUAUGUCGCGAUUUGCCAUGACCAAAGAGAAAUUUCAAGACUCGGGAGAAGAGAUGUUGUCAUUGCCUUACGGGGCACUGCAACUUGCUUGGAGUGGCUCGAGAAUCUACGAGCUACACUCACUCCUCUUCCCAGCAAUAAUAACAACAACAACGACGACGAAUAUAAUAAGGAUAACAAAUGCUGUUCCAGCAUAUAUCCCAAUAUAUGCUGCCCAAUGGUUGAAAGCGGUUUCCUAAGUUUGUAUACAUCCAAGAUAGGUGCGCAUCAGAGUCUACAAGACAUGGUGAGAGAAGAAAUAGCCCGAAUUAAAAAAGUUUACGAUGGUGAAACAUUAAGCUUCACCAUCGCAGGCCACUCUCUUGGGGCGGCGUUAGCCACCCUAAUGGCCUACGAUAUUAAACAAACUUUCCAGGAAAUACCCCUUGUUACGGUCAUUUCCUUUGGUGGUCCAAGGGUCGGGAAUCAGAACUUUCGAUACCAUCUUGAUAAACAAGGUACCAAAAUAUUGCGCAUUGUCAACUCGGAUGAUCUUAUAACCAAAGUCCCUGGCUUUGUCAUCGACGACAACAACAACAACAAUAACAGCAGCAACAACAAUAGCAACGAUAAUAAUUUUAGGGAAAAAGGUGGCGAUUGGAUACAAAAGCUUGUGGAAGAUACUCAAUGGGUAUAUGCAGAUGUUGGAUGUGAACUGCGGUUAAGUAGCAGUGAUUCACCGUACCUUAAUGGAAUUAAUAUUGCAGCUUGCCAUGAAUUAAAUACUUAUCUUCAUUUGGUUAAUAGUUUUGUUAGCUCAAACUGUCCUGUUAGAGCUACUGCGAAAAAGAUGAUGCAGAAAGGUAACUAUGUAAAAAGUACUAAAAGAAAUGACGAUACUAAGUAA